CCAAACACUUAUUACUUGAUUAUGUUUGCAAGAGAACCAUAUACGCUAUACGCUAAUCAGUUACCACAUCUCUUCAAGCACCAAAGAAUUGAGCAAUAUAAAGUUGGUGACCACAAACAACAGUCUUAAUUUUACAUCUGCUCAAGAUAUGUUGCUUACGAGAAUUUCUAUAUUAAAUCCCGUUGUUGUUUUGUUAUGCAUUAAUAGCUACCCUACAGUCUACCUAGCAUCUUUGAAAAAACAUGAUGAGGAUAAAAUACCUAUCCUAAAUUUGCACACUUGUUGCAGGAUUUGGAUUCUAUCAUGGAUGUACGAGUUUCAUUUAUUACCAGAUAAAGUUUAGUACACACUUUACCAGCAGAUGGCGCUCUUUAUACUUAAAUCUACUUCAAGCAAAGACUACACAGGGAUGAUUUCUAUUCCAGAUUCUUUAAAUGGCGAGUUUAAGUAGAUGUAAUCAUUAUCUUCAUGACUUGAACGAAAGGAAAACUCUAUUAUUCCCUAGGAAAACGUCCGCAUAAUUGAAUGAAAGUGUAGACGGUGAGAUUUGAGGCACCGCCGUGGAUAACCCUCCACACAGCGGCUGUCUGCGCACCACAUCCCUCUGAAGCCGAGAGGAGCGGAGAGGCAGAGCAGCGUUCUCCAACAUGGCUAAAGAAGGAGCAGAUAUGACGGAGGAGACCCAGUUCAUGAUAGACACAAAUCCGGGGAAAGAACCAGAAAUUGUGGAAUCAUCCUGCGAAGCUAAAGAAAUGCGAGCGGUGGUACUGGCAGGUUUCGGGGGUCUUAACAAACUCAGGGUAACCAAGAAGGCAAUGCCCGAGCCUCAGGAGGGCGAAGUGAAGAUACGCGUCAAAGCAUGUGGCCUGAAUUUCCUGGAUCUGAUGGUACGUCAGGGAUCUAUUGAUAAUCCUCCAAAACCUCCUGUUGUCCCCGGGUUUGAAUGCUCUGGGAUAGUAGAGUCAGUAGGUGAAAACACAGCCGGAUUUGAGAUAGGCGACAGAGUUAUGGCAUUUGUCAAUUACAAUGCUUGGGCAGAAGUGGUUUGCACGCCAGCGGAUUUUGUCUACAAGAUGCCAGAGGAAAUGAGUUUUGCUGAGGCUGCUGCAUUCUCCCUGAACUUUGUGGCGGCCUAUAUGAUGCUCUUUGAGGUUGCCAAUCUUCGAGAGGGGAUGUCAGUGUUGGUCCACUCAGCAGGAGGUGGUGUAGGUCAAGCUGUGGCUCAGCUGUGCUCAACGGUGCCUAAUGUCACUGUGUUUGGGAUCGCCUCAUGUUCCAAACACGCAGCCAUCAGAGACUCGGUGACUCACAUCUUUGACAGAAACGUUGAUUAUAUGCAAGAAGUAAAAAAGAUUUCUCCAGAGGGAGUGGACAUCGUGUUGGACUGCCUCUGUGGGGAGAACACGGGGAAAGGCCUGACUCUGCUGAGGCCGUUGGGAACCUACAUACUCUAUGGCGCAUCAAACAUGGUAACUGGGGAAACAAAGAGUUUCUUCAGCUUUGCAAAAUCUUGGUGGCAGGUGGAGAAGGUGAACCCUAUUAAACUAUACGAAGAGAAUAAAGUCAUAGCAGGAUUCUCACUCCUCAACCUCCUCUUCAAACAUGGGAAAUGUAGUCUGGUGAAAUCAGUGAUGGACAAACUCUUGUGUCUCUUUGAGCAAAAGAAGAUCAAGCCGGUAGUGGACUCCCUAUGGGCGCUGGAGGAGGUAAAAGAAGCCAUGCAAAGAAUUCAUGACAGAGGCAAUGUAGGAAAACUAAUUCUGGAUGUCGAGAAGUCUCCCACCCCUCUGAUGGCCAGCGACAGCACAGAGACCAGUGAGGCGGGAGAGGAGGAAGAGGAGCCAGAGGGAGACAACGACAGCAAGGAGCGAAUGCCUUUUAUCCAUUAAACCUCCCAGCAACACGCCCAGAGACUGAAGAGGCUGCAGACAUUCACCACAGAGGGACACAACCACACACAAGUGUUGUGCAGUAUUUGCUGUAUGCAUGUGCUGUAUGCAUGUAUGCAUGAAUGGAUGUAUGUACAGUAUUUGUUUGUUACUUAUUGUUUGUCAAUUAAUUGUUCAAGCUGAAUAAUUGAGACCAACAACAUUUUCUCUAACAGAUACAACAGGUGGAAGUGCCGUCAUCAAUCUAGUAUUAUUAUAUUCUUUACGGUAUUAUGCGGUUAUGCUAGCCAAUCAUUUGAUCAGGUUUGUGUCCAUUCCUCUAGUAAUUGCAUCCACAAACAGUUAUCGACUGCAAAAGUAUUUAAGCCUUGAAACAGGUUCAGGAUUAGUACCCUUAAAAACACACUUACUAUAAACGUCAUGUAGCAUAACAACUUUAACAUGUCUUCAAAAAAAUAAGAAAGCGUAAUUCAAUACAUCACCUUUUUCAGUGAUGAUGGCUGUAUAACGAAACAAUUGACGUAGUUAUGUGAAAUAUUUGAAUGCUUCUAUUACAAUAGUGAUGUUUUAGGUGCCAGAGCUAGAAAGGUAUGUGUGUAGAUAUUUGCUUGAUACUUUACUCUUAGGUUCCUGCCGACCUUGUUAUACAGUAUAUCACAGGAUCACCAGUGCCUUUAACCCACCAACAGGUGUAAAGAAGAAGUAAAGUUCACAUUAUAAAAAAAUCUUCCACUGCACAUAUAUUCAGAUGUCCAAUCUAUACAACCCCAUACAGCUUUGCAUACAUUUUGGAAGGUCAAAAACAUUAGAUAUAAAAUAUGUAAAUGCAAGAGAACAUGAUGUAAAUCAGAAAAUUCAGAGUCUUUUCAGACAGGGUGUAAGCCAGACUUUAGUCAAACAUUUGUUGAGUCUCUGCUUUUACUUGUCUGACCGAAAUUGUUUACUUGCUGGUGCCUCACAACAAAAGUGCCGUAAGACUCCAACAUAAAUUAUUUUUGCAAUGAUCAGGUGUAUAAAACCAGGGUGAUUCAGGUCUGAACAACACUGUGUAUUACUUUGCUCAAGUAUGAUGCCCACUGCUUUACUCUGCCAGUUUUAAUCAAAUGUCCACACUCACAUAUUUUAAUGAAUGAUCUGGUUUUAUUUUUAAUUAAUCAAAGUAAAUAGAAACUAUUUUCAUUAUUUUUGGGGGCCUUGCUUUAACAGCAUAUUGACUAGUCUUUUGAAUUUCUAUUUCUUUACUUGAACUAUAAAAACAAAACUAGAUUAUAUAUCAAAAAUGUAUUUUCUCAACUACUAAAAUAAUUCAAAUCAAGUCUUUCCAUAUGCCUUUAAAAAAUGUCAAUUUGCAAACUAACAGGAUGCAUGCUUCAAACAUGAAUGAUAAAUGGUGGAUAGACAGUGUUAAUGGGCGCAGAAGUAAUAUCAUUUUACAAUGCAUAUGUAGACUGGAUAAGUAUAAGUAUUGAUAAUUGUUUUUAGACACUAUGGAAAUACAUCUCAAUAUUAUUGUCAGACAUUUUUAUUUGUGUGUAUGUGUGUGUGCGUGCAUGUGUGUUUUCAUGUUGCCUUGUGCAAAACAACAUGUCUAAAGAAGUGUUAGACAUCAUAGUGUGUUCACAAUCUCCUUUUAAACUCUGGUUUACCUGUGGUUGUAUAUUUUUGUCACAUUUUCUGGUGUGUACCUUCUUUGUCACAUUUUCUGGUGUGAACCUUCUUUGAG